AUGAUUAAUAAAAUUUACAAUUGCUCGCGUAAGUUUUAUGAAUGCAAUGAAAAAUUAAAAUAUUUGCUGAAUAAAAAUGGAUCUGUAAACAUAUAUAAGGAUAUUUUUCAGAAGAACAUAUAUAUAAUUUACAAAAACACAAAACACAACAAUUUUAAUAAAUAUCCAAUAUUCCCAAAUAGAGAAGAUAAAAGGUUCAAUGGUAAAAAAAACUUAAAAACAAAAACCAUUUUAUUUGCCCAUUUAUUUGGAUUGUUUCUUCAUUCAAAUAAAGAUGAAAACUUUGAAAAUAAGAACAUAGAUUUUAAAAAAAACAAACCAUCAUCCGACAUACAGACAAAUAUAAAUGAAGAUAUUAAAAAGAAAAACGAAGUUAGUAAAAUAAAUAAAAAUAGCAAAAUGUCCACUGACUUGUAUGAAACAUACAAUUUACAUAAAACAAAUAAAUUACCUACAAUAAAGAAUAAUAAUGAAUCAGAAGAUGAUAAAUACGAAUAUUAUCAAGAAUUAAGUGAAUAUAGUAAUAUGCAAAUAUUUUCAAGUAAUAGUCAUCAUGAAUUAGCAAAUGAAAUAUGUUCCAAUUUAGGAAUAAGUUUAGGUAGAGCCUAUGUUGGAAAAUAUAGUGAUGGAGAGAUAGCUCUUCAAAUAAUGGAUGAAGUUAGAGGAAGAGAUAUAUACAUAAUUCAUUCUACUCCAUCAGGUGGUAAAGAUGUUCAUUCUCGUUUAAUGGAGUUGUUUUUAUUUAUAUCAACACUAAGAAGAUCUUCUGCUAAAAAAGUUACAGCAGUUAUACCUUAUUUGAAUUAUUCAAGACAAGCUAAACAUUUAGAUGACUUUAAUUAUGUUCAUUCAUUAGGAGCACCGGAAGUAGCCAUUUUGCUACAAACAUGUGGAGUUGAUGCAAUUAUAUCUGUUGAUUUACACAAUCCUAGAAUAGAAGGUUUUUCUACAGAAAAAGAUUUUCAACCUCCUCUUAUGAACAUUAAUCCUCAGUCUCUGGCUGUACAAUAUUUUAAAAAAAAAAAUCUUCAAAACCCAGUUAUUGUUUCAAUUGAUAAUGAGGGAGGAGAAAGAACCAAGGAAUUUUGGAUGAGAAUGAAAAAGCAUUCAAUUAAUGCAGGAUUUACAACAGUUGUUUCUAGUACAGUUACUGAAAUGAAUAGUAGAGAAGGUUAUCCAAGUAAUGAAACAAAUGAUAACGAUUUUUCUAAUAAGGAUUAUAAAAACAUAAAUUAUCAGGAAAAAAAGCAAGAAAAUAAUGAUACAAAAAAUUAUAUAAAUGAAGAUGAAAUAAAUAACUUCAACAAAGAAAAAAAGAAUAAUAUGUUUUUAAACGAUUCAGGAAACUUAGAAGGUACGAAUAAAAAAAAUAGGAAUUCUUAUGAAAAAGAGAAAUUCACUAUAGUUGGUGAUAUUAAAGGAUGUGACUGUAUUUUAAUAGAUGAUAUUAUUGAUACUGGUGAAAAAUCUCAAAAAGUCGCCACUCUUCUAAAAAAUGCAGGAGCUAGAAAAAUAUAUUUAUAUGCUACGCAUGCUAUAUUAUCUGAUGGUUGUAUUGAAAAAAUUAAUGAUUCAUGUAUUGAUGAAGUUGUUACUACAAAUACUAUACAUAUUCCAAGCAAUAUAUGCUGUGAAAAACUGCAUAUUCUGUCAGUUGCAAAAUUAGUAGCUGAGGGAAUUAAAAGAGCUCAUAGUGAACAAUCACAGAAUGCGUUAGAAGAUUUCUCCGAUGGACAAGUAGAAAUGAAAGAAAAAUAA